AUGACUGGCCGUUCUACAUCUAAAGGCUACCUUCCAGUUGUCACAGUCAUGGCCACCUACUCUGGAAGCACAAGCUCUGUGGAACUAUCCAUAGCUCCACUUAUCACUUGUAAACUCUGUUUGACGGAGUGUCCAUUACAAGACACUUAUGAAAUCCACGAUUGCAGAUGUCUUUACUGUGAAGCAUGUGUGAAGCAGUAUCUGUCUGUAAUGAUUACAGAAGGGAAUGUCUUGGCCAUCACCUGUCCUGAUGCUGAAUGUAAAAAACAGGGUAAACUGGAUGCCCAAGAAAUAGAAAAACUAGUGAAUGAACAGACAUUUGAAAGAUAUUCCCGAUUACGUUUUCAAAAGGAAGUGGAUGUUGAUCCAAACCGGACAUUCUGCCCGAAAGCUGGCUGUGAAACUGUGUGCCAUGUCUGUAGUCCCUCAACAGGGGAGAACUCCAAACCAAUUCCUGUCGAAUGCCCUGAAUGUGGCUUGGAAUUUUGUUCUGUCUGUAAAACCAAGUGGCAUUCAAGCCAAAGUUGUGAUGAAGUCAUGAACAGUGGCAAAGCUGAAGAUAUAGGCAUUCCCUAUAGCAAUACUGAAGAUGCACAAAUCAAACGCUGUCCUGUGUGCCAUGUUCCAAUCGAACGUAAUGAUGGCUGUGCUCAAAUGAUGUGCAAAAGAUGCAAACAUGUUUUCUGCUGGUAUUGUCUCACUUCUCUUGAUGAUGAUUUCCUCCUUCGUCACUACGAUAAAGGCCCAUGCAAGAAUAAACUUGGACAUUCCAGAGCAUCUGUGAUUUGGCACAGAACACAGGUGGUGGGGAUCUUUGCUGGAUUUGGUGUCCUCUUACUAAUUGCUUCACCAUUUUUGUUGAUGGCCGCCCCAUGUAUUUUGUGCUGUAAAUGUAAAUUGUGUAAAUGCUGUGAAGAUGAGGAAGGAGAGGGACUACCAUCCUAG